GCCAGACCGUCAGCGAUCGCCGGCUUUUUUUUCCCACACGAAAGCAUCCACACAUAUCAGGCGUGCAGCUGAAACAACGCUCCCAGUACAAAAUCCCACCCACCGGCCACAGAUAACAGCAUUUGCUCAGUGAAUUGGCGAAUUUUUGCACCUCAAACUGCAACUAAAGCAGCUUAUCUUGGUUUCAUCUCGCGAGUAAAUCCUCAAACACGCCAGCUCGGCUUAAGAUCAUCACCCUUCAUCAAGUCAGUUCCAACCCACCACCCACCACCCACCAAGGAUGAUGCGCGGUUUAUCAUUAGCCCGGUUGGCCCAACUGGGACUGCAUCCGGGCAUGACCGCAACCGUGGGUCGUAACCAUCCGCAACGCCACUGGAGUCAACAGUUCGUCCGACUGCUCAGUACCAGACGUCAGGUGAAGUACCUCGAGGACACGAACUUUCCGCCAGAGAAUGGACAUGAGCAGAAUUCGCUGUACGAUAGCAAUAUCCCGGUGCCGCACGUCACGCUCGAUCACUACAUGUGGGAUCGCUUCAGCCAGUGGACCAACAAGACGGCCGUGGUCUGUGGUGUCACCGGACGUAACUAUACCUACGGGACGUUGAGAGAUCAUUGCGCAGCGCUCGCAAUUCGGCUACAGCGCAAGAUGAACCUCGGCUUUGGCAGUACGGUUGCGAUCUGUCUGCCCAACAUUCCAGAGUUCCCGCUCAUCACGUUCGGUGCCAUCGAAGCUGGCCUGGUGGUCACGACCAUCAAUCCCAUCUACAACGCAGAGGAAAUCUCCCGCCAGCUAGUGGACAGUGACGCGAAGAUUCUCGUCGGUUUGGCGUCCAACUAUGCAGUAUUGAAGGAGGCGAUGCACCAAGCGAAACGCGACAUUCCGAUCGUCUGCAUUCGGUGCACCAACGAUGAGAGUCUUCCGGCGGGUUCUAUCGACUUUGCAGAGCUUUCUAACCCCACCGGAAUUCAUUACAGCGAACUGCGGCCACAUGACCGCACUGCCGAUGAUAUCGUCUUCCUGCCGUACUCAUCCGGCACAACUGGGUUACCGAAGGGCGUUGAGUUGACUCACCUGAACAUUGUGUCCAACAGUGAAAUGCUCGGUGCAAAGGCCGGCACUGGGACGGUGGUUCUGCCCACGACCGACACCUUUCAGGACGUGUUGCCGUGCGUGCUACCAUUCUUCCACAUCUACGGUCUCACCGUGACGAUGAUCUCGAAGCUCCAGCAAGGUUGCAAACUGGUGACGUUACCCAACUUCCGACCGGACACGUUCCUGCACGCUCUCGCCGAACACAAGGGCACGGUGCUACACCUCGUGCCACCGAUAAUCAUCUUUCUCGGACACCAUGAGGGUGUGAAGUCAGAACACACGUCCUCCAUCCGGAACGUGUUCUCGGGAGCGGCUCCAAUGGGAACUCCGGACGCAGAGCGCUUCACGGCACGUGUCCCGAACGUGGAGUUCAUCCAGGGCUACGGGUUAACGGAGACGGCACCAGUCGUGUUGAUGGCGGCUCUUGGCUCUCGCAACUACGCCUCAGUAGGAUCACCUUGUCCACGCACUCAGGCCAAAAUCGUCGAUCUGAAUGAUCCCACAAACACCGCACUUGGUCCAAACAUGUCUGGGGAACUGCUCGUGCGUGGCCCACAGGUCAUGAAGGGCUACCACAACAACCGUAAGGCGACGGACGAAAUGAUCAUCGAAGGCGGAUGGUUACGCACCGGUGACAUCGCCCACUACGACGAGGAUCUGCAGUUCUACAUCACCGACCGGUUGAAGGAAUUGAUCAAGGUGAAGGGCUUCCAGGUGCCACCGGCCGAGCUGGAAGAGUUACUUCGCUCGCACCCUUCAGUAGCCGAUGCAGCCGUCGUCGGAACACCACAUCCCGUGUCCGGUGAGGUUCCACGAGCGUUUGUCGUGGCAAAACCGGACGCCCGGGUGUCCGAGGACACGCUGAAGGAGUUCAUCGCAGAGAAGGUGGCCGCCUACAAGCGACUCGAAGGUGGCGUCACGUUUGUGGACAGUAUUCCGAAGAACGCAUCGGGCAAGAUCCUGCGGCGACAGCUCAAGCUAGAGCACUGCUCGUAGGUGGACACGGCCAGAUGUUCUCACACACCCCCUGCGUAGGGACCUGAUUGCGAAAAUCUCAUUUACCAUCUUGCACCGGGCGAGCCGGAAGGCGAUCGCCGCAGGACGUUUGCUUCAUUUUCCGUUACCUACAUCCACAUUUUACCUCCACACAGACUGUUUAGCUCGGUAGUGACGACGGACGGACGGUGCCGUUGGAAGGUAGCUUCCGCACGUGCAUGGUGUUUUGUGUGUUUGUACGUUAAAUUUAGGACAUUCAUCUGUUUUAGCUGAUAAACUGUGCUGUGCAGUCGUUGCGCUCAACUCCAUCGAGCCGGUAGACAGGGACGGACAGGGUUGACUCCAGCGGAAUAGGAUUAAGUGAAAAGAGAAAGAAAAAAAAACAAACCUUUUACAAAGUAAAAUAAACUAAUUUUAUAGCUCCUGCGUGGGGUAUUUUCGGAUAUCGUACGCUAG